AUGUCGACGCCGUCGCGGACGCUUGGCUCGUCUGGGCUCGGCACGACUGACGCCUCGGCCGAGCUGCGGCGGCAGAUCGAGGCCAAGCGCAAGGCUGCCGCCGAAGCCGCCGAAGUGGUGGCGGCCCAGGAGGCGCUGGCUGCCGAGCUGGAGGAGCUCGGGUCGGAGAUUUCGCGGCUGGAGAUGGCCAACGCCGACGCCGAGUUCUCGCUCGCCCAGCUUCGCGAGCAGGUCAUGAGCGCGCGGACGAAAAAGGCCGAGCUCGAGGCCGACGCUGCGGCGCUGGCGGCUCAGAUGGAUGACCUGGAAGCGUCUAUCGAGCGGCAGGCCGGGCAGGCCGACAACGACGCCCGUGAUGCAAAGGCAGCACUGACCAAGGUCGAGACUGAAAUUGCGGCGCUGCAGCACACUUGCGACGAGCUCGCGGUGAGCCUCGAGCUCAAGCGAGCUGCUGCCGAGGCGGCGGCGGCGGAAGUGUCGACAGCGGCGGCGGCAGCGGCCAACGAGCUCAGUGCUGCGCGCGCCGAGCUCAACGCGCUCACCACCACCAAGGCCAAGCUCAAGGCCGAGAUUGCGAGCCUCGCCCAGCCUUUGCCGACGGGCGAGCUCGAUGCGGCUCGGGACGAGCUCGCCGCGCUCAAGCGGGAACGCGACAGCCUGACGGCCGAGGUUGCAGAUUUACGGUCGGGCCGCGACGCGGCGGCGGCGAGCGCGGCGGCGACGCGUGCGACUGCCAAGGCGACCCAGGCGGCGGCGAUCGAGCUGCGGGCGAGCAUUGCGAGCCUGCAGGCCCAAGUCGAGAACGAGCGCGAAAGCGUCGAGGCUGAGGCUGCGGCUGCGGCGGCUGACCGCGACCGGGCGCAGGCCGAGAUCGAGUUGCUCUCGUCGGCGGCCGAGGCGCUCAAGGCGCAGCUGGCGGGACUCCGGAGCCAGCGGGCAUCGGCGGCAUCAUCCGACGAGUCCAAGGCGACCAAGAGGGCGGCAUCGGUGGCGCAGCUGCGGGCGCGGGUCCGUGAGCUCGAGGUCCAGCGCGACAGCCUCAAGGCGCAGAUGAGCGAGGCCGAGAGCUCAGCAAGGGCCAAGCUCGACGCGCUGCGGGGCCAGGGCGAGCAGCUGCUCGAGACCAAGACAGUGCUGAAGGCCGAGAUCCGGCAGCUCCGGGCCGAGUAUACUGAGCGGAUGACGGCGCUGGCGAGCGAGGUGACCGCCGCCCGCGAGCGGACAGCGAAGCUGGCGGCUCGUAAGGACGAGCUGCUCUCAAAACUUCUUUCGCUUCGGGAAGAGCUCCAGGCGCGAGUUGCGCAGGUGACAGCGGUGCUUGAUGCCGAGGGCGCACAGGCUGCGCGUCUAGAGGCGUCCAACAGCGUGCUGGCCGACGAGCUCGUGCUCACCUCUGCGGUGCUGCGGGCGUCGGCAUCACCAGCGAGCGGGCCCGCAGUGGCGCCGGCGCUGCGCAAGUCGGCACUGGCGACCAAGCCGAGCGUGGGCUGGGAGGUGGAGAACGUUGAGGCCGAUCCCAACGCAUCGGGCUUUGGUAACGACUCGAUGCUACACGCGCUCAACGAGACGCUCGGUAUGAGCAUGGUAGGCGCGGCAGAGCUCGAGACGGCAAAGGCCGACCUGAUGGCGGUCCUGGGCGCGUCGCGGGCCGAACCGCUGUCGCGACAGAGCUCGGUUCUCCAGGACCUUCGAUGA